UUAAUUUUCUUUCGACCAAUAAAUUCCGAAUAAGAACAUAGAGAAAUGAAAUCUGAAAAAAGUAGACGGUUGUGAAGUUGUGAACAGCUGAGAUCAGACCUCCGAUUGCAACUCCGACGACUUGCCGCCACCCCCGCCAUGAUUCACUUUGUUCUUCUGAUUAGCAGACAAGGAAAAGUAAGGUUGACAAAAUGGUACUCACCAUAUUCUCAAAAGGAAAGGACAAAGGUUAUCCGGGAGCUUAGCGGUAUGAUUCUCACUAGAGCCCCUAAGCUUUGUAACUUUGUUGAAUGGAGGGGAUACAAAGUUGUUUACAAAAGGUAUGCUAGCCUUUAUUUCUGUAUGUGCAUUGACCAGGAUGAUAAUGAAUUGGAGGUCCUUGAAAUUAUCCAUCAUUUUGUUGAGAUACUAGAUCGCUACUUUGGAAGUGUCUGUGAGCUGGACUUGAUCUUUAAUUUCCAUAAGGCUUAUUAUAUAUUAGAUGAAAUCCUGAUUGCUGGUGAACUUCAAGAGUCGAGUAAGAAGACAGUGGCACGCCUAAUAGCUACACAAGAUUCUCUGGUGGAGGCAGCCAAGGAGCAAGCUAGCUCCAUAAGCAAUAUGAUUGCUCAAGCAACAAAAUGAGGAUGUACUGGAGCUAGACUUGUCUGAAGAUGCCGGGAUUUCAAAAUUGAUGGUGCAAUGUAUUCCAACUUCUGUGUAGUGUUUUGCAGGUGCGUAUUAAAAAAUUAGAUUUGGAUGUCUUUGGCGACCGAUUUGUAUCAACUUGCUUGGCCAUGUUAUGGAUAGCCAUUUACAAUUUUACAUUAUAUGACAAUGAUAUUGUUAUCA